AUAACAAUUACUCGUGAACCAAAUAUGAUACAAGAAGCCUUGCCUGUGAUAUUAUCGAUCCUUUGUAUGUUAAAAGUCACAAAGGUUUAUCCAUUUAAAUUAACAUAACAGAGAAAUAUAAACGAUAAUAAAUAUAAAUAACGUGUAAUAUAUAUUUAAUUUUAUUAUAAAAUCUAUACGUAUAUAAUAUUUAAUGUUGAGAAACACAUCAUGUAUCAUAUGACACUGGUGACAAUAAAGCGUGCUGCCACCUCAGCAUCUAUGUAUUAAGUUUUCAAAAUAAUUUAUCAACUACAUUCUGAUUGUUCAAAGUUGUUCUUUAUUUGUUGGCUAAAAUGUUUCAGCAAAGAAAACGCAAAUGAGCCUCUAAAUCGAUAAGUUAUUGUGAUAACGUUUUUGCAUUUUUUAUAUGAAAAAAGGGCUAAAUAUCUUUUGUUUAAAUUAUUUGUCAAAAUGUCAUCGAAAACGGAGGUUACAUUAGAACAUUUUUAUAUAUUCAAUGGCACAUAUGCAAAAAAAGAGGGAGAGGAAGAAAAAAAGAUUCUCUAUUAUUAUCCAGAAAGAGAUUUAGAUGUUCAAAUUAAAAAUAUAGGACUCAGCGAAGCAAUUAUUAAAUUUGCGCAAUCAUUUAAUCCUGGUCAACCGUGCGAUUAUUGUCAUACGCAUAAAACUCGUCAAAUUUAUUAUCAACCAGAAUCAAAUUUUUGGAUGGUGAUGAUUGUCGGUGUACCUUACAUAUGGAAAGAGAAAGAUGGUAACAAAUAUACAGAAUAUCAAUACGAUGAAGUUUCUAGCAGUGUUUGUCAAUCUAUAUUGAAGCAAGCGUAUGUUAUGUUUAGACUAUUUAUGGGAUCAUUCGAUACCAUUAUUAAUGAACCUGAUUGUGGGUCGAUAACGUUAUUAAAACACAAACUUGAACAUUUUUAUUCAAGGUAUCUAAUGUCUUUAAAGUUGAAUAAUAGUGAUAUUUUGGAUGUUUUCCAAGGCUUACAAUUCUUACCUCUUGACAAAAUAACAUUUUUACGGGUUCAGUGUUUUAUGAAUCUUGUAGAAGCCAUGUUUUCUCAAGUGAAAUAUACUGCAUUUCUUUACAACGAUCAAGUUGUAUGGAGUGGUUUGGAGCCAGAGGAUAUGCAAGUAGUUUAUAAUUAUCUAGUGAGUACGCUUUUACCAGCUCAUCUUGAAAAAGAAUUACACGAGGGUUCAAUGCCCAGAAAUUCACCUUCACCAUUUACUACAACUCACUAUGGAAAAUUUGUCACUGGCCCAUCUAGUAUUAAUGAACCAAGUUUAAUCGGUAAAUCUCCUAAGGUAUACAUCAAUUAUUCUACAAAACCGGUGUCGUUAUAUUUAGUUGUUUACAGAGCAUUAAGCGCUACAAUAUGUUUGUUUGUUGACAGCAAAACAAGUUUGUUAAUAGAUUUCUUUAAAAGCCUGGAUAGUUUUCUUGGACCACAAUUAACUACACUUGUUAGUUCGGUUGCAGAACAAUGUGCUAAACACGUAAUAGUUUCGUCGGAAUCUUGCAAAUACCUGUAUUUUAAUAAACUUAAUUUAGCAUAUAAAAGUACAAUACAUCCGGAUAAUAGGCGAUGUUCUAAUGUGCUUACAACGCCCGAAGUGUUGAGAGUUAUCACUGAUAUAUAUAAUGACACCAAUAAAUUAAAAGAAGCUGGAGAAAUAAUUAUAAAAACUAUGAGCGAUUAUUGGGUUGUUGGAAAGUUAUCGAACUUGAGGGAAUUUUUUGUAGUUAUUCAACAAAAAAGUGCAAGUAUAAUGGAAAUAGAAGAUGAUGUGAAAAAACUAUGUGAAAAGGAAUUAAAAAGUAUAUUUUUCCAUUAAUGGAAAGGCUUCAUAAAUUCACUAAGUAUAAAAAUUUAACGACUAUUUUAUAUGACGAUUAAAAUGGCUGUUUACUCUUUUAAUUAAUAUACAAGCAAUAUAUAAUCUGAAAUAUAACACUGUAACUGUGGAAGUAAUUUAUAUAUAAAGUUAAUGUAAAAUAUAAAAUCUGUACAGACAAA